CUAUUUCACAACUGCAUACUCAAUGGGGAAAUACGCAUUCUUGAAGCGAGGUGCAAACGACUCCGAUGAGAGCUUUCAUUGUUGCGGGAAAGUGGAAGAUUUGGCCCGCGAGGCUUACUUUUUUUCUAAUCAUGCUGGCUCGGUCGAGACGAUCAAGCCAGCAACUGGGCUUUAUUCGUUGACUGAGGAAACAUCGACGCCAGUUGAAAGUACCAUGCAGCAGUCAACAUCACGCUCUGCUUCAACUCGGCCAUACUACCUACCACCUCCACCGAUGAGACCUCUUUAUAGCAAGUCGACGCCAGUUGAAAGUGAGAUGCACCAGUCAACAUCACACUCUGCUUCAACUCGCCCAUACUACCUACCACCUCCACCGAUUAGACCUCUUUAUAGCAAGAGCGUUGGAAAUCUAAAUUCGGUAGAUCAGGAAAGGAAAAAAGCUCACCGGAAGUCAAGCUUCCCGGAUCGAAUCCUGGCUGAGGAGCGAUUCGAAGAUUGUUCGAAAGCUGUUACAAAACAAUCUCCUGUGUGGCUCGGCGUCAUCUUGCUCAACACCGACCUCCCCAACACCGACCUCGGCAAGACCGACAACGCCGACUAG